AUGCGACAUCACCCCAAUCAUGGUGACUCCGUGACACCACUGGAGGGCAUUUCUGCCAACGACUCCGACAUAGAGCGGGCUCAGGUAGCCGAGGUCAACAAAAUCAACGAUGACACCAAGGACAGGUUACCGCCACCGGUCGCAAGCGAUGAAAAAGGAGUUCUCAACACCGUCGAAUUACUCCUGAAUGUUGAUGCACUUGAGUCGACUUUCCGAAUCUCAGAUUACCUGCAGAAUAAUGGCAUUGAAGGAUUGCCGGCAGGUUCAUAUCCAACGGCGAUAGACGCCAAAUAUCAGUCGCCAUUCGCAUGGACGCUUAAGAAGAAAACCACGGUACUGUUCGGAACAUUCAUUGCUUCUACGCUGGCAGCAUAUUCUGCAGGCGGAUACGCCAUGGCUUCAGAACCCUUGACCCAGAAAUGGGACAUCUCAAAUACAGAGUUCAACGUGGGUAUCACGCUUUUCGUCCUCGGGUUCGGUUUCGCACCAAUGAUCCUUGCCCUGAUCAGCGAGAUCUACGGUAGAUACUGGGUUUUCGUUGGCUCAGGCGCGGUCUUCUUCUGCGGCACUCUGGGCUGUGCAAUCACCGCAUCUUUUCCAGGGAUGCUCGUGUCACGGCUUAUUGUUGGCAACGGCGCAUCAGUCUUUGCUACCCUGACCGGAGGGGUUGUAGGCGAUGUCUUUCACAAGGAAAAUCGCAACACGCCGAUGGCUCUGUACUCUCUGUCCAUCAUGAUUGGAACUGGCCUCGGGCCCAUGAUGAGUGGAAUCAUCGUCGACCAUCUUCACUGGAGAUGGAUCUUCUACGUGCAGAUGAUCACGGUCGGGACCACAACAUUGGCUCUGUUCUUCUUCUUUGACGAGACAAGAAGCAACGUGGUAUUGAGGAAGAAGUGCGUUGCCUUGAACAAGCACUUCGAGGAUAUCAUUCUGCAUCGCACAGCAUCAUCGACCACUGCAGAUGGACCUAUUCUCCAGUCAGAACUCCAGCCAAGCAUGAAUACUCCCGUUCGGGUUCAAUUUCGGGAACAUUUUGAGGGCCCGGAACUGGAUUUAAGCAUCAUAUGGCGGAGCUUCUCGUUUCCCCUCAAGCUGCUCUUCACGGAAUCGGUUGUCUUCUGGUUCUCGGCCUGGGUCUCCUUCGCAUGGGCAAUUCUCUUCAUGCAAUUCAACAGCAUCGGCCUCGCAUUUCGGUCUACAUAUGACUUCAACAGCAGUCAGGUUGGUGGUGUUUACACCGCUGUCAUCGUCGGGUCAAUCUUGGGCGCAGUCAUCACCAUCUUUCAGGACCCAGUCUUCAGGAAGCUCAUGCCUCGCCAGAUGGCCACUCCUGAAGGCCGGUUGUAUUCCGCCUGCAUCGAAUCCUUAUUCCUUCCCAUCGGACUAUUCUGGUUCGGCUGGAGCACAUCAAAAGAUAUCCACUGGAUUGUCCCUGCUCUGGCAGUUUCUUCGGUGACGAUUGGUAUCUUCACGAUCUAUCUAGCAGUAUUCAACUAUCUCGCCGACAUCUAUCAUCGUUACGCGUCAUCGGCUCUUGCAGCCCAAUCGAUGUGUCGGAACCUGUUGGCUGGUGUAUUCCCCCUAUUCACGAACACCAUGUUUCAGAAACUGGGCUUUGGGCCAGCUGGUAGCUUGCUGGGUGGGAUUGGCCUGCUGUUGUCCCUCGUUCCGUGGUUGCUGUGCAUCUGUGGGGAAAAGAUCAGAGGUCGGAGCCCAUUCGCUGGUCAACUCAAGUCUGCUUGA